AUGUCAUCUGUUCUCGUGUCUGAUGUUCCUAGCCACAUUAGCGCUGGCCAACUUAGGUGCUUAUUCCAGUAUGCCGGCACCAUAUCCAGUAUUAUUCCUUUGAAGCGAGAAACAUUGCAAGAUUUACGCCAAUAUGAAAUCAUCUACAUGUCUCCACAAGCAGUGUCAACUGCUCUUUUGCUAGAUGACGUGGAGUUGCAACAUGGCUGCUUCCUUCAAGUACGCAGAUACCAGGAGCGCCCAAUGGAAAUGAAUGGGUUUGCCAGCCACCACAACGGACAGCCAACCUUGCAGCAGUUGCGUAAAGAGGACAUCGAGUUCACUUUGGAUUAUGCUUACGGGCAAGUUUUCAAUCUGGGUAAUGGUGCAAACCAAGAUCCUGUUCCCACUGCUGAUAUCGAUCAGGAGUACAAGCCAAAGACAGUUAUACUUGCCGAAAUAAUCGCGGGCGGAUAUGACCUUGCUGAUGAUAUCAUUGAGCGAGGAGCAAAGUUUGACAAGAGGUAUGGAGUCUCUGCCCGGUUCCAAAACUUUAUUGACUCACUAAAUGAUUACAGUUUGAAAGCAAAGGGCAAGCAGAAAAGGGCUUAUGAAAAUGAUCAGUUGAAAAAGUACUUUGAUGAGAUUAGUGUUAAUAUCGAUACAGCAACGCCUUCGGUCGAUGCUCGAGUCAGUUCAUUCUACAAGACUGUUGAUAACAACGAUGUGAGAGAUAUCCGUAAUGAGGCAAUGAAAUUGGCGCAGCAUAAUGGACAAGGCUCGGGCAGAGGUAUCAUGAGUAAUUGA